CUUAGCAAAAGGGGUCAUACUCAAAAAAACUUUAAGUUUGCUCCGGUUAAUGGAGCAAGGAAACACUAAGCCCAACAUCAAUAACUACAACAUUGUUAUAGAUGCGCUUUGCAAAGAUAGAAACGCAGAUGCUGCCGUCACCCUUUUGAACGAGAUGAAGCAGAAAGGCAUUCCUCCUAACAUAGUCACAUAUAAUUCAUUAAUUGAUGGUUUGUGUAAGCUUGGUCAGUGGGAAAAGGUUACAACUUUGUUCUCUGAGAUGGUGGACGUUAAUAUUUAUCCAGAUGUGUGUACCUUCAACAUAGUGAUAGCUGGUCUAUGCAUAGAAGGGAAAGUCAAAGAUGCCGAGGAAGUAAUGAAACACAUGGUCGGAAAAGGUGUAGAGCCUGAUAUUAUCACAUACAAUGCGAUAUUGGAUGGAUAUUGUUUGCAUGGUCAACUAGAUAGAGCGAGGAGAAAUUUUGAUCUCAUGAUAGAGAAGUGCAUUGAGCCUAACAUUAUUAGCUAUAACAUACUAAUAAAUGGAUACUGUAAACAAAAGAAAUUGGGGGAGGCCAUGCAAUUGUUUCGUGAAAUUUCUCAAGAGGGAUCAAAGCCUGAUAUUAUUACCUACAAUACUGUCUUGCAAGGUCUGUUUGAAGUUGGAAGAAUUGGUGAUGCAAAAAAGUUCUUUGAUGAGAUGCUAUCUACGGGGCUGAUACCUGAUCUGUACACUCAUUGCACUUUGCUCAAUGGUUAUUUUAAGUACGGACUUGUUGAAGAAGCUAUGUCACUCUUUAAUAAGUUGGAAAGAAAGAGAGAAAUUACUCAUAUUAAAUUUUACAAUUUUGUCAUUAAUGGAUUGUGCAAAAAUGGUAAACUCGACAAAGCUCGUGCUAUUUUUGAGAAGCUUUCUCCAAUUGGAUUGCUUCCGAAUGCAAGAACAUACAAUUCAAUGAUAAAUGGGUUUUGUCUAGAAGGGUUGAUAGAUGAAGCCAAUGAUAUGCUAAGAAAAAUGGAGGAGAGCGGUUAUUUGUCAGAUGACAUCACUUACAAUGUUAUUGUGCGAGGAUUUCUCAGGUGCAGAAAAACUAGUGAAAUGGCAACAUUCAUGAAAGAAAUGGCUGGAAGGGGCUUCUCAUUUGAUGCAAAUACAACUGAGUUACUGGUAAAUGUUAUUAGGGAGAAUCCUUAUGUCCUUUAUAUGAUACCUGAGCUUCACUCGAUAAAUAAGAAGUGAAUACUUUAGAACAUUGCUUGAGCUUUCUAGAGACUAUAUGACAGGAAUGUGUCCGCUGGAGAUGUUGUCCGUGUUGUUGCAAGUGCGUGCCGGGAUAAGAUGAACCCUGAAAAUGCUUAAAUACAAGGAUGUUACUAUAUAAUGAUGACAAGCAUGGAUCUUGAAAAUAAGUGGAUGAAGAAGAUGGAAGCCAGUUUCUUUUUACGUUUUAAAUGCCAAUUUACCCUGGGUCAUCCUGAAGGCUUACUCUUAUUAGGUUGUGUAAAAUAUUACAUUAAUAUCAGAGGUCCGAAAUGUAGUAAUGUUGAAUCACAAAUCUUCUACACGGAAAUGCAAGCAAUAUAUAUAGGUUUCCAUAUUGUGCUUUUUUCUGUCUAGGUACGACGCGAAUGCACCGCAAUCGCAAACUAUGACGUAAGCUCAAUCACUUGGUCUGAGGUAGUAAGCUCAAUCACUUGGUCUGAGGUAGUAUGCCCCAUGGCGUUCACCUCAUCAAAAUGUCAAUAUCAUGGGCAUCCACCUUAGACAGCCCUGACAGAGAAGGGUUAUUUUGAACCGUUUAGAUAAAAGCGGGUUAAAUUUGUUCGGA